AUGGCCGCCUCGCCCGAGCUGCGCGAGCUGGCGGCGGUGAUCCAGCGGGACAUGGUGCAGAGCAACCCAAAUGUGAGAUGGGAUCGGAUCGUGGAGCUCGAGGGCGUCAAGCGAGUGCUGAAGGAGUCCCUCGUGAUGCCCCUCCGCUGGCCUCAUCUGUUCACAGGGCUACUGGCCCCGUGGAAGGGCGUGCUCCUCUACGGCCCGCCGGGGACGGGCAAGACGCUCUUGGCAAAGGCGGUCGCCACCGAGUGCAGCACCGUCUUCUUCAACAUUUCGGCGUCCUCCAUCGUCUCCAAGUGGCGGGGAGACUCGGAGAAGCUCGUGCGUGUCCUUUUCGACCUGGCGCGCCACCACGCACCGUCGACCAUCUUCAUCGACGAGAUCGACUCCAUUAUGUCGGCGCGAGGCGACUCGGGCGAGCACGAGGGCUCGCGCCGCAUGAAGACGGAGCUUCUGGUGCAGAUGGACGGCCUGAUGGCGAACGAGGCCCAGGUCUUUGUCCUCGCCGCGACCAACCUGCCGUGGGAGCUCGACGCGGCGCUCCUGCGCCGGCUCGAGAAGCGGGUCCUCGUGCCGCUGCCGUCUUCCUCGGCGAGGGCGGAGAUGCUCCGGAACACGCUGCCGCCCGCGAGGAUCCAGCGCAGCGUGGACAUCGACGGCCUUGCGGAUCAGGCAGACGGCUACUCCGGCUCGGACCUCGUGCUCGUCUGCAAGGAGGCUGCGAUGAGGCCGCUCCGCAAGCUCCUCCUGACGCUGGAUGCCGCUGACGCGGCCAUGGGGAGUGGCAAAGUGGCGGAUCUGCCUCAGCCAGAGCGUGUGACAGAGGAGGACCUCCGCGCCGCGUUUGCGUGCACCCGCCCCACCGUGUCGCAGUACGGGUCUCGGUACGCAGAGUGGGAGGCCGAGUUUGGGUCGUCGUGA